GUGCUAGUGAGUGCAACAACGUUAUAGUGCGUGUAUUGUUUGAUGGGGGAUUCAGGCAUUUGACAGCAGGCACAGCAGCUUUUCCUUUUUAAAAAUACAGACAAUACAUAAGGUUUUUCCAGAACCUAUAAUUAGGGAUCAACAGUCACCAUGACCCAACUGCGACUUCGUCAACUCAGCCUGGGUUCCGUGGGGCUCCUUGCGGUAUUCCUGUACAUCAUCGAUAGAUCAAUAGCUGCGUUAGACGGCUAUGUACCAGGUGAAGACUACCCCAUCUACACGGAGGUUCCAAGCGGGCUCUCCUUCACAUGUGAUGACAAAAUACCCGGGUAUUACGCCGACCCAGAGACCAUGUGCCAGGUAUGGCACUGGUGCGUUCCAAGCAUUGGAGGGAACGUGAUGUAUUCUUUCGUGUGCGCUCCAGGAACCGUCUUUAACCAGCGGUCGAGGGUCUGCGACUGGUUCUUCAAGGUGGACUGCCCCAGCUCUCCAGCGUACUACGGCAUCAACGAAGACCUGUACAAGGACGAGCAAGGCAACUACAUAGCGGGCAAAAAGUAGACAAAUAUAUUUAACUGUAGUUUAGUAUACACGAAUGCAUAUGCAUGGAACUUCACUGUACAAUGAUGGGAUUGAUGUUGAUUCUGCUGUAGAUAAUGUACAUUGGUUUCGAUUCGAUCGGCAAAGUAUUUUCUAUAAUCUACAGAUAUCAAACUAUAAGAGUAGGCGCACACCGUUGAUUUUUAGUUGGCCGAUAGUUG